AUGACAUCAACACUCACACCAUUCCCCGUUGCUCCUUGGAAGAUCCUGUACAUCACCUCUGAUCUCAACGUCUAUGGAACUAGUGCGCGAUCGCGCCGACCACAUUCAAUGUCAUCGAUACUUACAACCUUCUUGAUCACGCCGGCGUGUUGCACACCUACUUCUCCCAUUCUUCAGUAUACAGAAGGUCUCACUUGGGGUAGUCUAGAAGACACGUUGGCCCAACAACUUUGUGGAGAAAUUGCAACUAUAGGUCUGCUUCUUGGCUUGAUUCCUGCGUGCUUCGUGCUGUCCAUUGUGCUAGUGAACGAGCAUCGUUUAUCGGUCGUGUUAUCUGUUCUCUCCACCUCAGCGACUUGCAUACUGGCCAAAAAGUGGCUCGGCCUUUCCAUAUUCCACGCGGACCUGGGAGACGAGCAGCUUGUACACAUUCUUCGACAGUGUCCUAAUGAUGGCCCAGAGAGUCCCGAGGAGAAGAAUUUGCACAUCGGCGGCCGUCCCAUGAAGACGUCUGGUGCAUGUGCAUUCGUCACGUUAGACAAAGUACGCAAGACACCUCUGUCAUUCAUCACUCGGGUUGAUAUUGUCGAACCGGGGAUGAAGGUUUUCCCGACCAGCGGUGCUUCUCCCAUUGCAAACCAAGUGUCUAUGCAUUCAAUCGCCAUCGUUCUUGGAGACAAGUUUUUGAAAUUCCCUUUCCCGCUUCCUGUUGGUGCCAAGAAAGCCAAGCUUCGCAUUGCACAAAAGUCGCUAUAUAUCGAAAUCAUCUUGCCCCUGAAACUUAUUCUUGGGGAAACCGACUUGGACAUGUUCCCUGUUAUUCCGUACGGAGGUGAUCUUGCUCUCUAG